AGAAGUAGGCUGUUACUUUCCAUCAGAGAAGUUAUAGUCUGGAGCUGAAGAAAGCGCCGCCACACCCGAUUGGCUCCUUCCUUUCACUCAAAAACUGAGAAACAGAAAGAGACCCUUUCUCCCUGAAGAUGCAGACCCCCUCUUGAAACCAAAGGAUAACAAGACCCAUCUUCAUUUUACCUUUUUCACUCUAAAAGUGUAUUGAUCUCAGUAUUUUGCAGCACCACGUGCAGCAGACGGGAGAAUUGUGGGGAUGUUCUCACAAGCCUUUUUAGCUGUUCUGCUCUGCAUGACUGUGGUCCCUCUCUAUGCUCAAAAUGAUGAAGGAACUUCCUGUGCAGAUAAAACUGAGUGUCCCAUCACGGUGUACUUUGUCAUUGAUACAUCUGAGAGCAUUGCCCUUCAGACUGACCCUAUUGAGAGUUUAGUGAACCAUAGCAAGAAGUUUGUUGCUCAGUUUGUCAAUAAGCUGGCCAAUGAAGUCUACCAACAACAAAUUUCCAUAAAUUGGCAAAUUGGAGGACUUCAUUUUUCAGAUAUAGUGGUGAUCUUUAGUCCUAUAACCCAAGACAAGGUGAUAUUCAAUGAUCGGUUGGAAAAAAUCCGUUACAUUGGUCGGGGCACUUUCACAGAUUGUGCUCUCUCCAACAUGACGGCUCAGAUGCCGCUCAAUUCGCUGGGGGCGAAUUAUGCUGUUGUGAUCACUGAUGGCCACGUGACAGGAAAUCCCUGUGGAGGGAUGAAACAUCAAGCUGAUCGAGCACGAGAUGCAGGGAUCAAGCUCUUUGCGGUGGCCCCCAGCCAGAAAAUCUAUGAGCAAGGUCUCCAGGAAAUUGCUAGCCUUCCACAUGAGCUUUUCCGGAACAAUUAUGCCACCCUAAAGAAAGGCAGUGUUGAUGAAGAUACUGAGACCAUGGAUAAGAUCAUUCAAGUUAUGAAACAUGAUGCCUUUGCAAAGUGUUAUAAAAUGAGCUGCCUUGAAAUUCAAGGUCCGCGUGGCCCAAAGGGAUUUCAAGGACAAAAGGGUGCGAAAGGAAACAUGGGGAUUUCAGGCUUUCCUGGACAAAAAGGACGUCAAGGUGAUCCAGGAAUUGAAGGUCCAAUUGGACACCCUGGACCUAAGGGUAUUCCUGGUCUAAAAGGAGAAAAGGGAGAGUUUGGAGCAGAUGGACGAAAGGGAGCUAGUGGUAUUGCUGGAAGAAAUGGCACUGUUGGACAGAAGGGCAAAAUGGGGCGGAUUGGACCUCCUGGCUGUAAGGGUGACUCAGGCGAAAGGGGUCCUGAUGGCUACCCAGGAAACCCUGGUGAUCAAGGUCCACCAGGAGAUGAAGGGAUAAAGGGAGAUCCUGGCUGGCCUGGCAAACAUGGACCACCUGGUCCCAUUGGAGAACCCGGAAGCUCUGGACCAAAAGGAUACAAAGGAGAACCUGGUCUUCCUGGCCUCAAGGGAAGUCCAGGCACCAAAGGACUUGGGGGACCAAAAGGAGAAGCUGGUCGUCGUGGUGAUCCUGGAGACAUAGGAAAACCUGGAAAUCAAGGAUCCAAGGGGGGGAAAGGAGAUCCUGGUUCUGAGGGACAAAGGGGUCUACCAGGAGAAGUUGGAGAAAAAGGAAGAAAUGGAGAUCAAGGACCACCAGGCCAGCGUGGUCCACCAGGUCCUCUGGGCGAAAAAGGAAACCCUGGCUCAGCUGGAGAUCCUGGGAGGGAAGGUGAAAGGGGCGACAUGGGGCCUAAAGGACCCAAGGGUGAUAGGGGAAGACCUGGAUUAAGUGUUCCUGGUCCCAGGGGACCCCGGGGUGACAAAGGUGAAAAAGGUCAGCCAGGCCCAGAGGGUGCAAGAGGUGACCUUGCUCCAAAAGGACUUAAAGGGAAAAAAGGAGAGCCGGGCGAUGAUGGACAUGUCGGCCUUCCAGGUCCACCUGGACCCAGAGGAUCAGAUGGUGAAUCUGGACCCGAGGGUGACCCUGGUCCUCCUGGAGAUCCUGGCCUAACUGACUGCGAUGUGAUGACCUACAUCAGAGAGACCUGUGGCUGCUGUGAUUGUGAGAAGCGGUGUGGUCCAUUGGACAUUGUCUUCGUCAUAGACAGUUCAGAGAGUAUUGGCUAUACCAAUUUCUCCCUGGAGAAGAAUUUUGUUAUCAAUGUGGUGAGCAGGCUAGGGUCCAUUGCCAAAGAUCCAAAAUCAGAGACAGGUGCCCGUGUUGGAGUGGUACAGUACAGUCAUAAGGGCACCUUUGAAGCCAUCCAGCUCAAUGAUAAGCGCAUUGAUUCACUCUCUAGUUUCAAAGAAGCAGUGAAGAAACUGGAAUGGAUUGCAGGGGGCACCUGGACUCCCUCUGCACUUCAGUUUGCCUACGAAACACUCAUCAAAGAAAGCCGGAGAGAUAAAGCCCGGGUAUUUGCUGUGGUGGUGACUGAUGGACGUCAUGACCCUCGAGAUAAAGACUCAAAUUUGCAAGCCCUCUGUGAUGGAAAUGUUGUGGUCAAUGCCAUUGGGAUUGGAGACAUGUUCAAUGUAGAUGAAGAAUCGGAGACUCUGAAAGCAAUUGCUUGUAAUGACGAAGAUAGAGUCCAAAGAAUGAAAGUGUUCACUGAUUUGGUGGCUGAAGAGUUUCUUGACAAAAUAGAGCUUGAACUCUGUCCAGAUCCUCAGAUUGUCUGCCCUGAGCUGCCCUGCCAAACAGAGCUUUCUGUUGCCCAGUGCACACAGCGUCCAGUUGACAUUGUCUUCCUCCUGGAUGGUUCUGAAAGAAUUGGCAGCCAGAACUUUCGUAGGGCUCAUGGUUUUAUAGAAGCAGUGGCUGAGCAUCUCACCCUGGCCAGAAGUGACAGUGACGACAUGAAUGCACGCAUUGCCCUGCUACAAUAUGGAAAUGAGGAUGAACAUGACAUAGUUUUCCCACUGACAUACAAUAUUACUGACAUCACAGAUCGUUUAGCUGAGAUCAAAUAUUUGGACUCCUCUUCCAACAUUGGAUCUGCCAUCAUAUAUGCUGUCAACAACCUUGUCAUCAGCACACAAGACAGGCAGAAGGCAGCUCGGCGUAAUGCAGAGCUCUCCUUUGUCUUCUUUUCAGAUGGUAUUACAGGCAACAAAAACCUGGAAGAGGCAACUGAUUCCAUGAAGAAACAGAAUGUUAUGCCCACAGUUGUGGCCCUAGGCAGUGAUGUGGACAUGGAUGUCCUACUGAAGAUCAGUCUAGGAGAUCGGUCAGCAAUUUUCCGGGAGAAGGACUACCUAAGUCUCUCCCAGCCCGACUUUUUUGAUAGAUUUGUUAAGUGGAUCUGUUAGUUGUGAGGUAGACACCAAAGCUUUUAAGCUCCUAUAUUGUUACAUGUUUUUUUUAGCAAAAGUAUGCUGCCAGUAGGCACAAAUUUUUAAGGGAAUUUAUUUUUAUAUUCAAAAUUGGUAGGCUCAUUUCAAAUAAUGUUUAUGGUGCUAAUUGAAAACAAAAUAAUAGGAGGCUACAAAACACCACAGUAUCAUUUGUCACGCUUUAAAACAUUGUUUAAGAUGUUUAUAUUGUAAUACUUUUGGUGCUGAAUAGAGGAACUGUGCAUUAAAUAUAAAGCAUAAAGAACUAUCAUCUCCAGCUACCCCAAGGAUCCAUCUUAACCCUCCUCUCCCAUUAUUUCCCACUCAUCCAUUUACUGGUAGACGGGUAAUUCCAUUGUGCCUUGACUGUGAUGCUAACAUUUCCUUUGUUUUAAAGGAGAUACUUUGCAGCUGAAACAAUAACAGAAAAUAUUUUUAUCAGUACUGAGUCUUGCACUUGGCCUAUUCCAUUUGUAAACACCUAGUCUUCCUUUCUUUCUUUCCAUGUAUUUGCUUCAGGGUUGCAACAUUGGAUGGUCUCCCCUGUAUCAUGAUGCAUGUAAUAAAUGGACUUCACAAAGAUAUCUAUAGCUAUUUCAUCUUAGAAAGGUCUAGGAAAAGAAGCUUUGUUCCUAUACAGGUAGUCCUCAACUUAUGACUGUAAUUGAGCCUGGCAAUUAGAGUCAUAAGUCACAAUGAUUAUGAAGCAAAUCUCUAUAUGACCUAUCCAUUUUAUUACCUUUUAUGGCAGUUAUUAAGUGAAUACAGCAGUCAUAAAGUGAAUAUCGUGGUCGUUAAGCAAAUCCUUUGUUCUCUAUGAGGCAGUUUUUGUUGGAAACUGGAAGUAAAGCCGAUUUCUGGCAAAAACAUAAAUUGCAGAGUGUUGCAAAUGGCCAUAAAUGUGGGCUGGUUGCCAAGCACCAAUAGAGGGGGUGAGGUUGAACUUUGAAACUGGGUUGUAAAUCACUUUUAGGGGUCUAUCAUAACUAAGUGACUGAUUGUAAGUGGGGGAUUACUUCUACUCCCAAGGAAGGAGUCUUUCACUGAAAAUGGACAUCAGUAUAAUGUAAAGAGAUUCUGCUGGGUUCUCUUCUGGAUUUUGUGCUACAUUUAAUUGAAGCCAAUUGCCAUCAGUUUUCAAUGUUCCAUGUAUAAAUCUGGAAUUUCCCUGAUUUGACGUGGCAGACCAUUAUUCUUUUUCUCACAAUAAUGAUAAGCACUAUUGAACUGAAUCCCAAUUUAAAGUGUACUACUGUACGCAUAAAGGAGUCUAUUGGAACUGCAUUUGAGCAUUCUGUUUUUAUUAGGUCUGCACUAGAAUAAACAGUUCCAUCAAAUUGCUUUCCCCAAUCAAGGAAAUUGCAUAAAAACCAAUUUUGUUAAAGCCUGCAAAUUUACAUGGAAAAUUGAAAGAAAGCAUGACUACAUUUUUAAAGAGAUGGGGGAGGGGCAACUGAAGUGUUACAUAACAAAGAUGAAUAUAAAAAGUCCAUACAUUAUGAACAUAUGAAACCAAAAUAUGGUUUUACAAACAUAUGUUUGUAAUUCAGAAUUCUGCCCUAUUAACAUGGAGAAUAUUUUACUGGUUUGCACACUUCUAGCUCCAAAUAGUUUUGGGAGUUUUUUUGUUCCACACCACACUGCUUUUUUUAUACUUUCAACCUUCUAGUGAAAAUGUGUCUUUGGUCUUAUUUCUAAUUACUAAUAAUCUCAUUUUUUCAUAAAUCAUAGAUUAUACUUUCUCUGAAAUAUAGUGUGAACUAUCCAAUCUGCCACUGUGCAAAGCCAUACUAAUUGAUGAGCAAUGACUACCCAAUGUCAAUGUAUUCCUGAAAUAGUGUUUCUGGAAUAACAUCCUUAUUUGAGCCAAAAUUGCACUCCUGAUAAAUAAAAACUUUUUUCACAAUAUCUUAAUAUUAGUGUCAUUCAUUUUGUAGUGAUUUAGAAGAAUCAGUAUGGCUCUUUUACCAUAUAUGCUUAUUU